AUGAUUUGUGAACGUGCAUUUCUUGCGUUGGAAUCGCUGCCUCCGGAGCUAGAGGAGCAUGUGGUGAGCAGGACAGGCCUCAGGAUCAUCCAUCACGAGUAUGAAGACAUCAACCCAGAGUCCGCGAGGCUCCAGCGCUGCGUGCACUCACACACAGCCGACGUGCGAAUCCACCGCUUUGAGCUCGUCACACUCCGUAAAUCCAACCAGAGGAAUAUGUUCACGAAAGGCUCUCCGCUGACCGCCAGUGGUCCUGAGCCAACGGAGAGGAGUCGAGUGCACGGUGUUUCCCAUGACCUCGUCUCACUGGACAAAACAACAGUCUGA